AUGAAGAAUGACUUUGGGGAGGAAGGUAUGGUUCUACAAAGGAAGAUUAACAGAACAUUAGAAGCUCUUUUCUUUUGGAGUAAAAGCAAAUGCAAAGAUCUAAAUGAACUUAAAGUUCAGCUGAAGAUAGAAAUUCUGGAACUUCAAUCUAAAGAAGCUAUGGGGAAUGAUUGGCCAGCUCAAGACCUGAUUUUACUUAGAAGCAAAAUUCAUGAACUUAAUGUAUCCUUGAAGAGGUUAUCUACAUGGUGGAAUCAAAGAGCUAAAGCUUGGUGGCUUGAGGAAGGUGACUAUAAUUCAAGUUGUUUCAUAACUUUGCAACGGCUAGAAGGAAUGAAUAGAAGCUGUCAACUCUCAGGUUGGCUCAAAAUUUUGGAUAACCAGAAGUUGAAUGAUGAGGAUAUCCAGGUUCUUAGCUCAAAUUUCUUGGUGAUGGAGCUUAAGAAAUCAGUCUUCCAGCAAGGGAACAAUCGUUCCGCAAGUAUGGAUGGUCUUACUUCCUCUUUCUAUAAAUACUAUUGGGAUAUAGUUUGGAAAGAUUUAUGGAAUGCUGUUAAUAGUUUUUUUACUAAUGGUUGUAUGAGGAAAGAGUGGAAAGACACUUUAAUUGUUUUGAUUGCAAACGUAAAUAAUCCAUUGUUUCCUUCCAAUUACCGUCCUAUUAGCUAUGCCAGAUGA